GGGGAGCGCGGGAGGCGGGGCGGGCGGCGCCGAGAAACAGCGGCUGCGGGCAAGCGGCGGGAGCCAGAGACGCUGAGCUGGCCGCCGCUGCCUCCGCCGAGCAGCCCUCCAGCGGUCCGUGUUUCCGUUAGUCUGUGCGUCCUCCGCGGAUCGGCGGCGAGUCCCGCGGCCGAGCCCAUGCAGCCCCGCAGCGAGCGCCCGGCCGGCAGGACGCAAAGCCCGGAGCACGGUAGCCCGGGGCCCGGGCCCGAGGCGCCGCCGCCGCUCCCGCCGCCGCAGCCUCCGGCCCCCGAGGUGGAGCGGGCGCGGACCCGGCAGGCCAGGUCCACGGCCCCCAUGGAGGGUGCGGUGCAGCUGCUGAGCCGCGAGGGCCACACUGUGUCCCACAAUUCCAAGCGGCACUACCACGAUGCCUUUGUGGCCAUGAGCCGCAUGCGGCAGCGAGGCCUCCUGUGUGACAUCGUCCUGCACGUGGCCGCCAAGGAGAUCCGAGCGCACAAGGUGGUGUUGGCCUCCUGCAGCCCUUACUUCCACGCCAUGUUCACAAAUGAGAUGAGUGAGAGCCGCCAGACACAUGUAACGUUGCAUGACAUCGACCCUCAGGCCUUGGACCAGCUAGUGCAGUUUGCCUACACGGCCGAGAUCGUGGUGGGUGAAGGUAAUGUUCAGACUCUGCUUCCAGCCGCCAGCCUUCUGCAGCUGAACGGCGUCCGCGACGCCUGCUGCAAGUUCCUGCUGAGCCAGCUGGACCCCUCCAACUGCCUGGGCAUCCGGGGCUUUGCCGACUCACACUCGUGCAGUGACCUGCUGAAGGCGGCACACAGGUACGUGCUGCAGCACUUCGUGGACGUGGCCAAGACCGAGGAGUUCAUGCUGCUGCCGCUGAAGCAGGUGCUGGAACUGGUCUCUAGCGACAGCCUGAACGUGCCUUCGGAGGAGGAUGUCUACCGUGCCGUCCUGAGCUGGGUGAAGCACGAUGUGGAUGCUCGGAGGCAGCACGUCCCACGGCUGAUGAAGUGUGUCCGUCUGCCCCUGCUGAGCCGGGACUUCCUGCUGGGCCACGUGGAUGCCGAGAGCCUGGUGAGGCACCACCCUGACUGCAAGGAUCUGCUCAUCGAGGCGCUCAAGUUCCACCUGCUGCCAGAGCAGAGAGGCGUCCUAGGCAGUAGCCGGACGCGGCCCCGGCACUGUGAGGGCGCAGGCCCUGUGCUCUUUGCCGUUGGUGGUGGGAGUCUGUUCGCCAUCCACGGGGACUGUGAAGCCUAUGACACGCGAACCGACCGCUGGCACGUGGUGGCCUCCAUGUCCACACGCAGAGCCCGGGUGGGCGUGGCAGCGGUGGGGAACCGGCUGUAUGCCGUGGGCGGUUACGAUGGGACUUCAGACCUGGCCACCGUAGAGUCCUACGACCCCGUGACCAAUGCCUGGCAGCCCGAGGUUUCCAUGGGGACGAGGCGCAGCUGUCUGGGUGUGGCUGCCCUGCACGGGCUCCUGUAUGCAGCCGGGGGCUACGACGGGGCCUCCUGCCUCAACAGUGCCGAGCGCUAUGACCCCCUGACGGGAACAUGGACGUCUGUCGCCGCCAUGAGCACCCGGAGGCGAUAUGUUCGUGUGGCCAUGCUUGAUGGGAACCUGUACGCCGUGGGCGGUUACGACAGCUCAUCACAUCUGGCCACUGUGGAGAAGUAUGAGCCCCAGGUGAAUGUGUGGACGCCAGUGGCCUCCAUGCUCAGCCGGCGCAGCUCAGCCGGUGUGGCAGUGCUGGAGGGGGCUCUCUACGUGGCCGGUGGCAAUGAUGGCACCAGUUGCCUCAACUCUGUGGAAAGAUACAGCCCCAAGGCCGGUGCCUGGGAGAGUGUGGCCCCCAUGACCAUCCGAAGGAGCACUCAUGACCUGGUGGCCAUGGACGGCUGGCUGUAUGCUGUGGGGGGCAACGAUGGCAGUUCCAGCCUCAAUUCCAUCGAAAAGUACAACCCGAGGACCAACAAGUGGGUGGCCGCGUCCUGCAUGUUCACGCGGCGCAGCAGCGUGGGCGUGGCGGUGCUCGAGCUGCUUAACUUCCCGCCGCCCUCCUCGCCCACGCUGUCCGUGUCUUCCACCAGCCUCUGACCCCCGGCGCAGACUGCACAGAGGCCGGACCUUUCGGCCUCCCACAUGCCUUAAGCCCCACAGAGGGCCCCAGCGCCUCCCUCCCCUCGACCAGUGUGUCCGGGGUGGGUUCCUCGGCCCCCGCCGGGGAUGUCCUGCACCAUCUGUCCACGUCUCUGUGUGUUGAGGCCGCCCAUUUUAGUGUUCAUUCCUCUGUUCAUUUAUGUGUGUACCGUUUAUUUAUUCAGUAUUUAUUGAUCGAUGAGCAGCGCUGCAGCUACCAGUUUAUACGUUUACUCUGGAAGUGUCCUGUGUGGCUUGGACCAAGCUGCCCUCCUGGUGUCCUCCCACCACCCUGGGGGCACCAGGGAGUGAUGGGGGUGGACACUUUCAUUGUCCGUGGGGCAGGGCCUACUCAGACUCAGCCGACCUGGAGGGACCAACGGGCAAAUGCAGAGCAGACCGCUGGGGUAGGGGGGCUUCUGAGCAGGUGCAGACCCCCAGCCUUCGCUUUGCACACCACCCUUGCCUCACCAGGCCAGGCACCUUCUCGAAGAGGGCAUGAAGGGGGCUUCCUACCUGUGAGUGUGGUGUCUUUUCUGGGUCCUGCACUGAGCUGGGCACACAUGCGUGCCACAGACCCCUCACAGCAAUAUGAACCAACUUGAACAAUAAACACAUCUCUUGGGCUCUAGGCUUGAGUCUGAGCACC